AUGGUGUCAACAUUCCUUUCCCCAUCUCUGCACACCAAGACCGGCGAUCUCGCCUCCUUGCACCUCCGCCGUGAUCAAUCCCUGCCCACAAUCCUUUCAACACAGGUCGCCAACGCCUCGGAACAAGGCUAUGCAGAAGGCGUCGUGACCAACACUCGCUUCGGGUCGUUCCCUCACAGUACCAUAAUUAACGUGCCCUGGGGAAGUCAAGUACGAGCCAGUAAAGUCGACACUGGCUCCCGCGGUCGCACCACGAAAAGCCACAAGAAACGGAAGAUCGAUGACGAUGAACCGCACUCCGUGUCCACUCCCGGAGAAAGUGCACAGGUCAAGCAAGCUGAAGUGGCGGAAUCAGGGUUCAUUCAUGUCUUGCCGCCCACACCAGAGAACUGGACGACCAGCUUGCCUCAUCGGACUCAGGUCGUCUACACGCCCGACUACAGCUACAUCUUACAUCGGAUCCGCGCAAGGCCGGGCUCAAGGCUGAUUGAAGCAGGGAGUGGGAGCGGGAGUUUCACGCACGCCGCGGCACGGGCAGUGUUCAGCGGCUACGGACGCGGGCGUAAGGCAGGCAAGAAUGAGACCGACACUGAUGGCGUUCAAGCUCUGAAAAGCGAAGUAGAGGCACGUCGGGGAGAAAGCGAGCCGGAUGACGCUCGCGGACGAGUCUUCACCUACGAAUUCCACCAAGAACGGCACGAGAAAGUCAAAGCAGAAAUGGAAUUGCACGGGCUUGAUGCCAUUGUCCACGCCAUGCACCGCGACGUUUACAGAGACGGGUUCUUGCUGUAUGACGCUGACCAACAAACCGUGCCAACCUCUCCUCGAGCCAACGCCGUGUUCCUCGAUCUGCCCGCCCCGUGGGAAGCGCUCCCUCAUUUGACUAGGCAGGGAGGUGCGGACGGCGCACCGUCCGUCCUCGACCCUGAGUCCACAGUGCAUAUAUGCACCUUCAGCCCAUGCAUUGAACAGGCGCAAAAGACCGUUUCGGCCCUCCGCAGGCACGACUGGGUUGACAUUGAGAUGGUCGAGAUGCAGCACAAGCGCGUCGAAGUCCGUCGCGAAUACACGGGACUGCAUUACGACGGGAUGCGCGGAGUGAAUGUCUAUGGGGCGGACGUGGACGAGGCGGUGUCCAGGCUCCGGGAGGUGGAGCAGAGGUUGAAGGAUUUCCACGCCGGGAAGGCCAGCGGCAAAAGAAAACAGAACCAUCGGCAGCCAGAGCCUCCCAGCCGAUUACCCCUCGACGAAGGCAGACUUGUGCACCGAACCGAGCCCGAAUUGAAGACUCAUACAUCGUACCUAGUCUUUGCGAUUCUGCCGCGUGCAUGGACUGAGGAGGACGAAACUGCAGCGCAGGAGAAAUGGGCCAAGAACGUGACGGUCGCGACCAACGCGCCCAAGAGCCAGCGACAGUUGAAGAAGCAGGCGAAGCAGGCGAGACAGGCGAAACAGAGGCUCAAAGCGAGAGGCCAGACCGGGGAUGGGACAAGCGAAGCGUCACGGCGAGAAGAGAGGGAAGAAAUUAAUCAGGGCCAGCAGGCAGCAGAAUAA